AAACGCCGAAGAAAAAGAAGAACUAGGGAACAUGGCGGCGGCGUAGACGCGCACGUAAAUAUUGCUAAGAGGAACAAGAUAGAUAAUAACAGUCGGUGGAAGCAUAGCUGCAGCACCACGACAUUAAAGAGUCGCAUUCUUCUUGGAGGCCUUGAUCCAGUCGAGCCAUGCCCGAAGAGAGCGCGGAGAAGCCCGGCGAGGGGUCGGAGGGGGUGGUCGGACUGGAGGGUUUGGAAGAGCCCAAGAAGAUGACCAGGGAAGACUGGAGGAAGAAGAAAGAGUUGGAGGAGCAACGAAAGCUGGGAAACGCACCCGCUGAAGUUGAUGAAGAGGGAAAGGACAUUAACCCUCACAUUCCCCAGUACAUCUCCUCUGUUCCCUGGUACAUCGACCCCUCUAAGAGGCCCACCCUUAAGCACCAGCGACCCCAGGAGGAGAAUCAGAGACAGUUCUCCUCUAUAGGGGAGUGGUACAGGAAGGGAGUCCAGGAGAAACCCGUCAGCACCAAGUUUCGGAAGGGGUCGUGUGAAAACUGCGGUGCCAUGACUCACAAGAAGAAGGACUGCCUGGAGAGGCCCAGGAAGGUGGGGGCGAAGUUCACUGGCACGGGCAUGGCCCCGGACGAGCACUCCCAGAUCCAGCUGGCGCUGGACUACGACGGGAAGCGGGACCGCUGGAACGGCUACGACCCGGAGGACCACAUGCGCAUCGUGGAGGAGUACAGCAAGGUGGACCUGGCGAAGCGAACUCUGAAAGCUCAGAAAUUGCAGGAGGAGCUCGCUUCAGGGAAGCUCGUGGAUCAAGCUGCAUCGUCCAGGAAGCAGUACGGAGAGGACGAGCACGGCUUACAGGAGCACAACAGCGAGGAUGAGGACGAGGACAAGUACGCGGACGACAUCGACAUGCCGGGCCAGAACUUCGACUCCAAGCGCCGCAUCACCGUGAGGAACCUGCGAAUCCGAGAGGACAUCGCGAAGUACCUGAGAAAUCUGGACCCGAACUCGGCCUACUACGACCCCAAGACCCGCGCCAUGAGGGAGAACCCGUACGCCAACACGGGCAUGGUCCCAGAAGAGGUGGGGUACGCGGGGGACAACUUUGCGCGCUACACCGGAGACACCAUCACCAUGGCCCAAUCGCAGCUGUUUGCCUGGGAGGCCUAUGACAAGGGCUCGGAGGUCCACCUGCAGGCCGACCCCACCAAGCUGCAGCUCCUGCACCAGUCAUUCAAGGUCAAGAAGGAGGACUUCAAGGAGAAGCAGAAGGACAGCAUUCUGGCAAAGUACGGGGGGCAGGAGCACCUGGACGCCCCUCCCCGGGAGCUGCUGCUGGCCCAAACGGAGGACUACGUGGAGUACUCACGACACGGUGCUGUGCUGAAGGGCCAGGAGAAGGCCGUGGCUCGCUCCAAAUACGAGGAGGACGUCUUCAUCAACAACCACAGUUCUAUCUGGGGAUCCUACUGGAAAGAAGGAUGCUGGGGCUACAACUGCUGCCACUCGCUGGUGAAACAGAGCUACUGCACGGGAGAUGCCGGCAUCAAAACAGCCAGCAACACCUGCAUCCCGUUUGAGGAGGGGCUAGAAGAGGAACUGCAGGAGGAGCCAAAAUCUUUAAUGGAGAUGCAUCAAGAGAAGAUGAAGGAGAAGAAGAAGAAGAAAAAGAAGAACAAGAACAAGAAGCACGACUCGGACAGCAGCGAUGAAGAGGAUGAAGAGACCAAGAAGAGGAAGCUGAAGAAGGCCCUGUGUGCAGAGGACCUGCGGCUGAAGCAGGUGGCCGAGCUGAUGCAGAUAGACGAGCGGAAGAGGCCCUACUACAGCCUGCAGGAGGUGAAGGAACCCACCGAGGAGGAGAUGGAGGCCUUCCGCAUGAAGCGCCAGCGACCCGACGACCCCAUGGCCGAUUUCCUGAGCCAGCUGUGACCCCAACGCGGGUCCCCCCCCCCCCCCAAACUCCGCUUUGAGUUUAAAGCUUCAGUCGGGACACCCCAGGCGAUGCCCCCCAGCGUGAGCCCGUCAGCUCUUUAAACCUGAGGAGGGAAGUUUAUUAUUUGUGGGGUGCUGAGAGAGCGCCUUGGGGUGCAGCGGGAAAAUCAAGGACGCAGACGAGCUGUUCAGCAGCAUUUAUAUUCUCUACCAUUCUCUUUUUUUAUAGCCAUGUAUUUCUUGUGUGGCCAGUGAUACGUCUCCUGUCUUAAAUUUGACCCCAUCUGUAAAUAAAUACAUACAUUUCUGACAUCCGAAAUUUGUAAGGGCUUUUCAGGCAAUCUUUAUCACUUUUAAUUGUGCUUCAUAGGCUGGUAGAUUAAAAUAUUUUAUUUUAAACUGGA